AUGAGGGCUGAAUCUUCUGAACCCAAACCCUUGGUAUCGGUUAUUACCUGUGUCCGCAACUCAGAAGAGUGGCUAGAAGAGUGUCUUGACUCAAUAGCCAAGCAGACGUAUGACGGUCCAAUCGAGGUGUCCAUCUACAAUGAUGGAUCAUCCGACCGGUCAGAGGAAAUCAUCAAUGAGUGGCACAAGAAAAUGAAGGAUGGAGUUCGGCCAAAUGUCACCUUGGUGCUCUCUUCCAACACCGAUACUCAGCGUCCGAAGGGCGUUGGAUACGGAAAGAAUCGAGCCAUUGAGCAGUCUUCGGGGAGGUUUCUUUGCUUCUUUGAUUCCGAUGACAUCAUGCACGAGGAUAGGAUCCAAAUGCAGAUGGAAGCAUUGAAAGGCACUGAAAAUGUCAUUGUCGGCACGCAGGUGUGUCGCAUUCCCGAGAACUCAACUCCUCGAUACGUUAACUGGGCUAACAACCUCAACCCGAGUGAAUUGAAUUUACAAAUCUACACUUGUUUCGGUCCAACUGUGCUUAUGCCCACUUGGUUCUGCGACCGAGCCACCUACGACCGAGUGGAGGGCGGCUUUGUCGAGGACACCCCUACCGGGGUGCCUGAAGAUUUACUCUUCUUCCACGCCCACAUGAGACUAGGUGGCACAGUGGCCCGAGUGGACAGAGUUCUGCUGACGUAUCGCUACCACGAAGGCAACACCACGCACAGUGUCACCGACGAGACGAUCUGGACAGUUCGACUGCUCGAGCUGGAGCGCAAUAUUCUUCCUCAGUGGAGCAGUUUUAUAAUUUGGAAUGCGGGAAAAGAGGGCCGACGACUCUACCGGUCACUCCAGGAGAAGAACCGCCGGAAGGUGACUGCAUUUGCUGACGUCGAUCCGAAGAAGGUGAAUCGAGUGUACACGUACGAGGAGUUCGAUGGCCCAAAGAAGCCCAAAGUGCCCAUCAUACACUUCAGUGAGCUGCGGCGCGGCAAUCACAUUGUGAUCUGCGUCAAGCUAGGUCUGACCAAAGGUCAGUUUGAGCAAAAUCUCCAACGUCUCGACCUUCGCGAAGGCGUUGACUAUUUUCACUUUGGAUAG